AUGUCUUCAUGGUUGCGAUGUUCUUCUCUGUGUCCAUACUCAACAACUAUGCCCUCAGCUUCCACAUCGCCAUGCCCCUGCACAUGGUCUUCAGAGCGGGGUCUCUUGUAGCCAACAUGUUACUGAGCUUAAUCAUCCUGAAGAGGCGGUACAAGGCAUCCAAAUACGUUGCUGUAGCCAUGGUUACGGCAGGCAUAGCCACGUGUACGAUUGUGUCCGGACAACAAGUGCAUGGAGCGACGGAUACAUCGGCAAGAUGGCUGACAGGUAUCGGCAUCCUGGCGGUCGCACAGCUGCUGGCGGCGGGUCUCGGAGUCUAUCAGGAGAUCCUCUACGCUCAUCACGGCAAGCAUCCGCGCGAAUCCCUCUUCUACUCGAUGGCACAUGCCAGUAAAUGGCAAGUGUUUGUUAGUGGGUGGCAGGCAGAUCUUAGAUUCUACGCCAUUGGAACAAACAUAGCAACAACAGUCAACAAUCGCGCAGCAACACGAAACAACAACAUCACUACAGAAACAAAAUCACCAACACAUGUCAAUGAUAGUGCAACCGCGUGCACUCUACUGCAACGUCGUCGUUCCAGCAGAUUCCUUCGCGUCUGCGGCAGCGGGCGCGCGCGCGGUCAGUCGCGCAUCCCGCCGCCCGCGCGCAGAGAGACGUUCGGUUGUUUUUUCCUGAGCGACGCGCGCGGGUACGCGGGCGUGCGCGCCGUCUACGUGCUGACGACGGAGUGCGCGUCGCUCUCCGUCACGCUCGUCAUCACGCUGCGCAAGUUCCUCAGCCUCCUCAUCUCCAUCUUCUACUUCGGAAACCCGUUCACCGUCUACCACUGGCUCGGUACGGCGCUGGUGUUCUCGGGAACGUUUCUGUUUGUAGAUGGCUUCGGCAUUGCGUCCCGGCUCUCGACCCGACACCCGGAGAAGUCGGACUAACGAUGCCAGAACAGCAGAGGGCGCUGGCGCAGUGCAACAUCGCGAGAAGUGAAAAGGCCGGAUAUCUUAUUGAUGCGUACGAUUAAAACCAUCGAUAGAUGGCAGGAUUUGUGUGAUUUGAACGUGAUUAAUAUGAAGAGGUGCUUGAUUUUAUACAUUUUUAUGUCUAGGAUUGUCCACAGUUUAUUCGAGCAUAUAAUUUACUGUUAAGAGUGUGAUUCUAUUUUAAUUCAAUCUAUAUAUAUUGAUAGUUGGUAGUUUUGAAAUGAGUAUUUGAUCAAGUAUAUGUUGCAUUGUUUUUUGUUUUGCAGCAUUGAUGGAACUUUGUAGUGCACAGUAUUUCUGUAAUGAAUGUUAUUGCCAAAUAAUAUAUAAGCUCAAUUCCUGAUUACA